AGCAAUGAUGGCUUUGGUCACAUUGGUUCGCAGGAGAAGAGACGAAGUACCGCGCGUAUCUCCACAUUACGAAACUGAAAGUCUUUCCACUUCCUGCAGGGAAGUCCCGUCCUCGAACGGAGAAAGGGAACCUCGAAAAUGAAUUUGACCCAAAUCAUUUUUUUUUCAUGAGCACGCAAACACGAUACUUUCUUUUUUCUUUUAUGACCGUCUCUCAGCCACUGUGUUCGAUUAUCGAAUCUCGAAUCUCGAUACGUGCGUUCUUCGAUUACAGUCCACUUAUUCCAUUUGUAGCGGAUUUCCUUCGUUUCCUUUUUCCUUGGACUUUCUUCGAUUAUAGUCCACUCAUCUCAUUUAGGUUGUACUUUUUCUAAACAUCACAUUUUCCACUAUCUAUCUGUCAAACGCGCACUAUAAGAAACAAAGUAUCUCUAAGAAACCUCAAAAUAUCCUCAUCGUGAAAGCCGCAGAAUAGUAGGAUAACAUAGAUUAGGUUAGCUAUAAUAAGAGCUAGAAAAAUAAGUGUUAUAGCGCUGAAAAGAGAAAUAGUAUUGUUGUAUUGGGUAGAAAUUACAUACGGUUGUAAACCUGAUAGCUGGAAGUCAUUCAAAGCCGAAAUGUAAAGAUUAAAUAAAAUAAGUAAAAAUGAAAGGAACAGUGAAUGGAUACUUCUAACUCGCGUAAGAGUUUUGGUUGACCGAAAGAACAGUAGAUUAUGCAGGAACCGCAGAACGUCCUUAUCGUGCUUGCCCUUCGUAAAAGAUAGCAGCGGCCUAAAUAGAGUAUUAUAAUCCAUUAUAUUUAUACAUAUAUAUAUAUCACUGGCCAACGACAUGAAACAUACGAAGAUUUACAUUUUCAUGUACUCACUAUCGUAAGAAGCCUACAAUAGUCUCAUAAUUUAAAAAAAGGAAAAAAUCCGCCAUCACGUUUCCAUUACGUAAAUUCGUAUUCUCUAUAUUGAAACGCUGAGCAGGAGUCAUACUCGCAGGCAUUAGGUGAGUUUAGAAAGUGCCAAUCCUCUUGCCGGCCAAAAAACACAUCACCUCGCGCUGACAUGUUUGUCACCCGUGAAUGCAGAAUUUUUAAAAGGGACAAAGAUUCAAGGAUAAUCGAUCUUCGAUUAAAAAAGGGUUAACAACGAGUACCGAGGGAGUCAAGUUCGUAGUGUAUAAGGAAAAAAGCUGCAGCAAGAUCGGCGACAGCGGAGAAAGAGGGAAAGAGAGAAAGAGAUUCGCCAGACGGUCUCAUCAGCAUAGGUGAUGGGUCGAGAUACGAGUGGGGCCAGGGCUGGUAUAAAAGGGGAACCGUAGCAUCUGUGGAGCAUCAGUCCUCAAAUCCAAGGAACAGCAGCAACCAUGAGGGCAUUCAUGAUCGUGAUGCUCGCCGCUUCGGCGAUGGCGCGGCCAGAAGCAGGUUAUUCUUACUCUCAGCCUAGCUCCAGUUACGGAGCACCGGGAGGUGGAACCACCGGAAUAGGUGGUGGACUCGGUGGCGGACAUGGAGGAGGACUUGGCGGAGGACUUGGCGGAGGACUUGGCGGAGGACUUGGCGGUGGACUUGGCGGUGGACUCGGCGGUGGACUCGGCGGUGGACUCGGCGGUGGAUUCGGUGGAGGCUUCGGUGGUGGCAUCGGAGGCGGUGGCGGCGGUGGCUUCGGUGGUGGCUUCGGUGGUGGAAUCGGUGGAGGAGCCGGCGGAGGUGGCGGUGGUGGAUUCGGAGGUGGUUCUCUCAUCCAGAAACACAUCUACGUACACGUACCACCACCAGAAGCCCCAGAAGACAGACCUGCCAGACCCAUUUUACCACCAGCUCCACCCCAGAAGCACUACAAGAUCAUCUUCAUCAAGGCACCCACUCCACCAACUCCCACUGCUCCUGUCAUUCCUGCUCUUCCUCAACAAGAUGAACAGAAGACGUUGAUCUACGUGUUGGUGAAGAAACCGGAAGAAGCUCCAGAAAUCACUCUGCCUACUAUUGCUCCGACCCAACCGAGCAAACCAGAAGUUUACUUCAUCAAGUACAAGACCCAGAAGGAAGUUACCUCUGGUGGUGGCGGCGGUGGCGGUGGCGGAAUCGGCGGUGGAAUCGGCGGUGGAAUCGGCGGAGGAAUCGGCGGAGGAAUCGGCGGAGGAAUCGGCGGAGGAAUCGGCGGAGGAAUCGGUGGAGGAAUCGGCGGCGGCAUCGGCGGAGGCGUCGGUGGAGGCCUUGACGGUCAUGGCGGUAGCGGACCAAGCGGACCCAGUACGUCUUACGGGACUCCCGGCGCUUCAGGGCCUUACUAGUCACUCAAAAUGCCCGUUGAACCCCCGCAGCUCCUCCUCCACCCGUAAUCGAACCUAUCUUUACGUUCCGCGACACGCACGCAUUCACGGCUUCGGCCACGGCUUCAGCCACGGCUCAACUGCGAUCCUAUUGGACGCAACACACUGUGAUCCCACGUGGACGACCGCGGCGACGAGCAGGAACAGGACAAUCGAAUGGACAGUCGAUAGUAACAUGAGGCUCCUGCUCGCAAUUCGGAGUUACACGAUUAGUAAGAAUAAUACGACCACGAUCAUGAUGAUGACCGUGAUGACCAGAAUGAUGACGACGAUCAUAACGAUGAUGAUAAUGGUGAUGAUAAUGACGACGAUCAUGAUGAUGAUGAUGAUGACGAUGGUGGCUCUAACGGAAGUUAGAAACACGGUAAUCAAGACGACGACGACGACGACAAUUAGGAUUAAAUGUUUUUUUAUACGUUACUUUUUGCAA